AUGAACAGCAAGCAGGGAGAUCCUGAGUGCAUCACUCCAUCUGCUUCUCACAUCCUCCAAAUGUUUGGUUUGGGAGUUUCAAAGCGAGCUCGCAACGAGUCUGACAGCGAGGAUGAGGGACCUUACCGGCCACGCCGACGCACUCAAGAGAUGCCAUUGCGAGGUGGCAGUCAAGUGCAAACGGACAAUGAACCCCAAGACCCUGGAGUUGACGCUUCAGAUAUGCCCAUCGCUCCUGAUACCCCUACCGAACUCCAGAAAAGAUACCAGAACUUACCUCCUGUGCGCAAGCUGGACUGGCAACUAGACAGCAAGGGCAAGCAUAUUCGGAAGCCGUUAAAAACCAGUCUGACGUUGACAGCCGCAUUUGCUCACACUCGAGAGACUGAAGCUUCUUCUCCUUGUAACCCUUGCAAGGAGGGUAGAGAGAAGCACCACGUUCGCAAUACCACGGAUACAUCUUUCGUUUCUGGAGACGUCGCGCCCACCUCUACCGACAACUCUAGAGCUGAAGCAAGUCAGAAGCCAGAGAAGCAAAGCAGCUCUGUUACUCAGGACAAGCCAGUUGUUCAAACCCAAGCACCCUCGGCUCCCCCAAAAGAUGAGCCCCAAAAUCAGCCUUCUCUCAAUCAAAUUUUGGCGAGAAACUCUCCACUUGAUGGCAGGGUCAUACCGUUCCCUCUGGGUCCGGAGACUAUUGACAACCUGCCCUUGUUGGAGCAAGCCAUCAAAGAUUUGACUGGGCAUCUGGAAACAAUCAAUAGAAGGGUUCAGCAAUUGGAGGAUAGACAGCGUCUAGCAAUGAACCCUUGGGAGCUGGUUUGA